CUAUGACGUCACUGCGUCAGCGGCUGAAAAUGCCUGCGUCGGGACGGGGGCACGGAACUGCUGAGGGGUUGACGAAUAAACAUCGGAGAUGAAGGGAGAGAGUAGGUUUUGGCCAGCGAAGUGGACGCUGCAGCAGUAACCUGUCAGUAUCACGACUCCCCCGCAGCCUCCCCGCGUAGCGGACGUUGUAUGAGGACGCCGGGAGAAAGGGCUUUGUUCGCGGUGAGGUAGCGAAUGUAGGAGAGCGCAGGGGAGGGCUGUAGCUGCUGGGCUUUUUGGAGAAACAACAUGGCUGCGGCGGAGCUCGAAUGGAUCCCGGAGACCCUGUACAACACCGCUAUCUCGGCUGUGGUGGACAACUACAGCCGGUCCAGAAGGGACAUACGCUCGCUGCCGGAAAACAUCCAGUUCGACGUCUACUAUAAGCUUUACCAGCAGGGCCGGCUCUGUCAGCUGGGAGGAGAGUUCUGUGAGCUGGAGGUGUUCGCUAAAGUGCUUCGGGCCUCAGACAAACGACAUCUGCUGCACCACUGCUUCCAGGCCCUCAUGGACCACGGGGUGAAGGUGGCUUCGGUCCUGGCCAACUCGUUCAGCCGCCGCUGCUCGUACAUCGCAGAGUCUGACGCCCAUGUCAAAGAGAAGGCUAUCCAGUUCGGCUUUGUGCUGGGGGGCUUCUUGUCUGACGCUGGCUGGUAUGGAGAUGCAGAGAAAGUGUUUCUGUCGUGCCUACAGCUGUGCACGCUCCACAGUGAGGUGCUCCACUGUUACCGAGCGGUGGAAUGCUGCGUCAGGCUGCUCCAUGUCCGCAACGGCAACUGUAAGUACCACCUCGGGGAGGAGACCUUCAAGCUUGCUCAGUCUUACAUGGAUAAACUAGCCAAACAUGGCCACCAGGCCAACAAGGCGGCGCUGUACGGCGAGCUCUGUGCCUUGCUCUUCGCCAAAAGCCACUACGAUGAGGCGUAUAGGUGGUGUAUAGAAGCUAUGAAGGAAAUUACUCCAGGACUGCCUGUCAAAGUAGUUGUAGAUGUUCUCCGACAAGCAUCCAAGGCUUGUGUGGUGAAGAGGGAGUUCAGGAAAGCGGAGCAGCUGAUCAAACAUGCCGUGUUUCUAGCAAGAGAACAUUUUGGACACAAGCAUCCCAAGUACUCCGACACGCUGCUAGAUUAUGGCUUUUACUUGUUAAAUGUGGACAACAUCUGCCAAUCGGUUGCAAUUUACCAGACGGCCCUGGACAUCCGACAGUCUGUGUUCGGGGGGAAGAACAUCCACGUGGCCACAGCCCAUGAAGACCUGGCUUACUCCUCAUACGUUCACCAGUACAGCUCUGGGAAAUUUGACAACGCUCUUUUCCACGCGGAACGUGCCAUAGACAUUAUAACCCAUAUCCUGCCUGAGGACCAUCUUCUGCUGGCGUCUUCCAAGAGAGUCAAAGCCCUAAUUCUGGAGGAAAUCGCCAUCGACUGCCACAAUAAAGAGACAGAAGAGCGCCUCCUGCAGGAAGCUCACGACCUCCACCUCUCCUCGCUGCAGCUGGCCAAGAAGGCUUUUGGGGAGUUCAAUGUUCAGACAGCCAAACACUACGGCAACCUUGGGCGGCUCUACCAGUCCAUGAGGAAGUUUAAG